AGGAGGGGCCGCGCGGGGCCGGGGGCGCGCAGAGCGAACAGACCGCCGCCAUGUUCGGGGGGCUCGGCAGGUGCUUCGAGGAGGAUCCCUUCUUCAGGGAUCCCUUUGCUGCCCACCAUGAGCACGUGAGGCAGAUGAUGAGGAGCUUCUCGGAGCCCUUCGGGAGGGAGCCGUUCCCGAGCCUGCCCGAGGGCAGGGACAGAGGGGAGCGAGCGCUGGAGCGGAGAGCGCGCCCGGACUCCCGGCUGGCACCGCGCGGGACACGCAGGGAUGCAGAUUUUGGGGAUCCAUUUUCUGCCAUGGACAGGAUGAUGUCAAACAUGAGGAACAGUAUGCUGGAAAUGCACAGGAAAUUUGAUGACCUGUCCAUGAACCCCGAUGGACACACGUUCAGCUCCUCCUCCAUGAUGACUUACUCCAAAGUGGGGGAUGAACCUCCAAAGGUUUUCCAAGCCUCGGCCCAGACUCGCACGGCCCCGGGAGGUGUUAAGGAAACAAGAAAAGCACUUAAGGAUUCUGAAAGUGGCCUGGAACAAAUGGCCAUUGGCCAUCACAUCCAGGAUCGGGCUCAUGUCAUCAAAAAAUCCAAGAACUGCAAGACUGGGGAUGAGGAGAUGAACCAAGAAUUCAUCAACCUGGAUGAAAAUGAGGCCCAGAGCUUUGAUGAGGAGUGGCAGAAGGAGGUCAUGAAGUUCAGACCAUCCAGAACUAGAAGCUCUUUAGAAACUCCAAAAUCCAGAAGUAUCAAUUACAAGGAGAAUGGAUCAAAAAGAGAGAAGCUACUUGGAACUGGAGGUUCCAGAGUGCCCAAAGAUUCCUUGGAGUCUCUCAGUGUGAAAGGAACACACGUCCCCCUCAACAAAAGCAACAGGAAAUAAGUGGCCCCAUUCCCCCGGGAUGGAGUUUCUCCCAGCAGAUAAUGGUGCUCAUGUCCAUACAAAUACACGGGAUAUGUGACCAAUCUCUGUUUGUGUUGUGCCUUUGCUCCUCCUGGAUGUUCCUCAACCUUCAGCUCCUCAGUUAAACCCUCUCCUUUCAGUGAACUAAAAAACCCAACAACUUUCUGCCUGAAAGCACUUUAUGGAUUAUCACCAAUUCUGUUAAAAAAAGCAGUGAUUUGCAAAGUUUUUCUGCUACAACUGCACCAGUCUCAGACUUUAUCAAGCCUGGCAGUGCAGCUACUUUUCCCCACUCUAUAAGUUGCACAGAAAAUAAAUUCUCUUCAGUUUGUGUGGCUGAAA